AGCGUCGCACGGGCGGCUGUCAGCGCUGCCCCCGCCCGCGCCGCGCUCGGAGCCGCCCGGAGCGGCGGGCGGGGCCGGCGGGCGCUGUCCCCGGGCCGGUGCUGAAGGGGCGGCCCCGCUCCGGCACCCGCGGCCCCGCUCCGGCACCCGCGGCCCCGCUCCGGCACCCGCGGCCCCGCCGGGGGCAGCGGCAGCGGCGCCAUGGCCGCGCUCCUCGGCCCCGUGUUGUUCAUUUACUUCACAUGUAUAUCUACUGUCCAGACUACUGACUGUCUGCAUUUGAGGGAGCAAUGUGUUAAUGUUGGAAACAGAUGUGAGAGUGUCUGGAAUGUGGUUGAGGAUGCCUGCAAGAUUUCAGGUAAUAGAUGCAAGGCAGAAGACACUGUUGGAUGUAAUAGAAUAAUCCAGGUCCUGGCUGACGAAUACCCAGAAUUUAGAAAGUGUGUCUGCACUACAGACGAUAUCUGCAACAUCACAACUUUGCUUGGGAAACUGUGCGGCAUUAAUAAAGACUAUGUGGAGUCUCUCUCAAGGUCGGACACUGAGCUGGGUAUCAGGCAACACAGAAGCCCCGAAGAGCAAAGGCGCCCUGCGGAUCCGGAGAGCUGCGGCGUUGCGAAGCGGCGCUGCCGGCAGGAGCCUCGCUGCUCUGCCGCGCACCGGAGCUUCCAGCGGGCAUGCCAGGCAGCUGCAGGCGCCUGCAGCUUCCCCGGGCCUGCGAAGUGUGUGUUAGCCUGGAAAGAGCUGAGGAAAACCGUUCUGGGAAGGUGCACGUGCUCAGAGCCGCUUCAGACGAGAUGCAUUAAAAUCUGGAAGGGAAUAUUCAACAACCCUUGUUUACGACACUCUCAGGAGAGCCAAGCCUCAGGAGCUGGUGAAAAUGAUGGCAGUGAUGAUGACUAUAAUGCUGAUGUUGAGGACAAUCUUAGUAUGGAAACAAAAUUACAAUGGGGUUUAUCUGCUCUCUCCAAACAAGCACACACAACAAACAGGAGCUGUUUGGAUGUGAACAGGGAGUGCAUUGAAGAUGAAGUGUGUAACAAACAGUUGUCCCUAUACCUAAAAGUUUGCUCAGUAAAUAAGAAGUGCAGCGUGGAAGGAUGUCAAGCAGCCAUAAGGUUCUUCUAUCGAAACAUGCCUUUUGAAGUUGCCCAAAUGAUGAUAUUUUGUGACUGCAUCCAGCAUGAUGAAUCCUGCCACAGAGCCAAAGAACUUCUCCAUGGCAAGCCCUGUGCAGUCACUGUAGUUCCACCCCCAUCAUGUCUGAAUGUAAUCCAGAUGUGUGAAGAGAAUGAAUUGUGCAGAAAAAAAUACACAACUUUUCAAUCAAAGUGUUGGAGACACGUGACAAAAACAUGUUAUAACGAUGAAGCUUGUCUUGAAACUUUGCUCAAGGAUGACCUGCCCUGUUCUGCCACCGCUGAUUGCAAAGCAGCCUACGUCAGCAACUGGGGCACGAUGCUGCACAUGGAGUGCACCUGCCAAAAUCUGCCUCCCCUGGAGCAGCCUUUGUGUGAGCUCUUCCAUCACAUGCUGCACAGCAAAUCCUGCUUCAGUGACUUGCGUCAAGUUUCUAUUCAGAAGAAGGGUUUUCACUGGGUAAAUACAGAAAUGCCAGGGCAAAAGAUUUCUGGAGCACAGCUCCAUUCUUCUGCAAUUAAUGGUGAAACUGUCUACAUUAUUGCUUACUCCUCCUGCAUAGCUCUCAUCCUAGGAAUAGUCCUGUUGACUCUCCUAAAGAUCAGAGCCUGCAGAACAAAAUAUGAGUCAAGAAGUCCCUCGCCAGACCAUUCUUCUGAAACAUUUAUGGCCCAUUAUAAAAGUCACAGAUGAACUACUCUGUUGCUUAUGCUUCUUAAGGCUAUUCCUGAAAGCCAGGCUGUUGUACAUAUGUGAUAAUAAAAAAUAUAUUAGAAAAACUACUAUAAACUAUGAAAUUUUGUAGUUAAGCAUACAAAAUAUUUUUUAUAUUUAUUAGCUUAUUUUUAGCCUUUCAAAACCUGGAAAAAAGGGGUAAAAAUGGUAAAACUGUGCUCUCUCUUAUUUGUGUAGAUUCACACAUCUCUCCUGAGUUGUAAGUUUCCUACAUUUUUAGAUGCACAUGACACUGGUAUAAAUGCUGUAUCAACAAUGGCAAUCUUUGAAGCCCACCUUUCUGAUAUCAACUCCUCUGGAAGAAAUUAAAAAAAACACUCAGAACCAUUUUAGAGACCUGAUAGAGAGCACAUAUGUGGCAGUUUUGCAUACCUGGCUCCCAAGUACCAAGUACCUGAAGCAGCAGUCACAGCAAAGCUGCCUAGUUUGAUGGUGGAGCACUUGCAGGGUAGGAGGAGAUCAGGAUUACAACCCCUUUAUGAACUAAAAUGACUCUCUGGAAUAAUGCUUUGACUCCACAACGUUGCUGCUGAAAAUAUUUUUAAUUUCCCCUCCAAUAUGCUUCUAAAAGAAAUGAGUGGGGUUUGUCACUUUGAAUACAACAACUUUAGAAAGCAUUUUUUUGGUCUGAAUGCCCAGUGGAGAAAGUCACUUGCUUGAGGCUGCAGUGCCUGCUUCUCAAGAGAGAAGCUGUGACCCAUCUCAUCAUCUGUGUUUCCUAUUCAUUGUCUCUAGGCAAGACACAAAGUGCCUAAUUGUCCCCUUGCACUGUACUGGGAGCCAUGGUCCCUAAACACCAUCCUGGAUCCCACUUUGUGGCUAUGAGCUCUGGAUUUCUCUCUAUAGCUGAGUUGUUUUGCUAGACUUAAGCUUCUAUUCACUACCAAUGAGUUGUCUUUGUUAAAUCUUUGAGACAAUCUAGUUCUGGUGAGCACAAAGUAAUGGACUGCUGUUUCUUAUUCAGCUGUUACCAUUAAUAGCACAUGUAUUGCCUUGUUAUAAUAGCGUUUGAUUAAUUAACUUUAUUUUGAAUGUGAUUAGUUUUAAUUUUGUCUGGAUAAUCAUUAAAUAUAACUCACCUCCAGUUUUGACCAUGAGACCAAUGAUCUAGGGCCAGAUCUAGUGCUAGAUGACAGAUCUAGGACCAGAAAUUAAAGUCAUCAGAAAAGCAAGAAUCUCUACUCUUCUAUGUGACUCCUGCUUCUGGCUUCAGUAGCUUGCAAAGUUUUUACUGUAGAGCAAAAUCUUAAGUGUGGAGUUCUGUUGGGGAGAGGCUUAGAAAUCUUAAACAAUUAUUACAACAUGGAUUUUCUCUGUCUCUAUUAUCUGCAUAAACCAAAGAAAGUCCUUAUUGUUUUGCAGUCAAAUGUUUUGUCAUUACUAAAUCAGCAUUUGGACAAAAAUACAGAAACAGAGAAGUGAAGAUCAUUUGUUUAUCAAAAAGAUCUCCUUUAGCAGUCCAGCAAUUUGCAGCAUCUGGCUUAACUCUCACCAAAGUUGUAUAUUAAUAUUCUUCAUUUUAAAACUGUGAAGUGGGAAUACUUCAAACUGAAAAUACUGUUGGGAAUAUAUUGGAUAAAAGCAUUUCACAAUACAGGACAUGUACUUGUGACGUGAAACCUGUGCUGGUUUUCACUCUGACUUCAAAAACCAGUGAAUCCUCCAUGUCACAAAAUUUGGGGAGAUACCUUUAAAUUCAGAUUUUACUAAACCUCAACCAACAACAAGAAAAAAAGUACCUUCUGUCUUAGAAACUUUUUUUUUUUAAUUAUCUUGGACACUAGAAACCCAACUCAAAUAUGUGCUUAGACACACACACACACUCACAAACAAGUAUGUAAAAUGUAUUUGAAACUGAGGGUAUGUUACUCUGAGAGACAGCAAGAUAUUUAGUAGCUAUUGUGUUCUUUUGCAAUUUUACAGGCUCUCUCUUAAGAGAUAACUUAGAUGCUUAAUUGGAAAAGUACAUUCCCUCCACUCCAUGUGUAAAAAGUAGUCUGCCAAUUGUAUGUAGGUGUUAGUUAUUAAAUAAAGGAAUUUCUGCUGGGAUGAUCUCUAUUCCUGCAAUGCUGAUUAUGCUCUAACUGCUUCACAGUUUUCUGAACAGACAAUCAUAGAAUCAGUUUGUUUGGAAAAAACCUUUAAGACCUUUGAGUCUGACCAUGAUGGAGAAAAACCAGUAUUUUGCAAGAGCUUAAUUAUUAAAAAUAUUUUCCCCUGAAGUAUGACAUCUGCAUCCAAUACCCAGAUGAGGAAAGUUAAGUCUCUUGAUGACAGGAUUCCCAGGACAUAUGUCGUUUUGUAGCAUUCAUCCUCUUUCCACUGGAGCUGGGACAUCACAAAGUGAAGAAAUGAAGGCUGAUUGGGAGAACACAUGAAUUUUUGCCUUACAGCACUCUCAUCUGAAAGGGAGAAUGCUGGGUUCCAGUAUUUUCUUUGAAGAUAUUUUAUGCAUUUUAUCUAACAAUUGUUUCAAAUUAAAUGUGUGAAGACUUUUUGGGACAAGUACACCGAGCCAUCUCUUCCUUAUGCAGUGUGAAGCUACAAGGCUGUAAAUCCCAAGUUUCUACUUCUGUCAUGCCACAGUGAGUCUUGAUUUCUUCAAAAUGAACAUUUUUCCCCGGCUGUCUCACCUGCUUGUGUGGCCAAAAGAAUGAGUUACUUGGAUAGGCUUGGGCUCAGCCUUUGAGGCUGUUGUGGGAAUCACAUCCUGCUGCUCUGAGCUAGAUAUCAGACCAAGCUAGGAACACAGAAGAUGGAUGGAAGCAGCACCAACACCACAAGAUGAUGCCAUAAAACAGAGAACACCAUUCAGUUCUUUUUAAAAAUGACUGUGGCUGUCUUUCCACCAAGGAAAAUACUAACCCUUAUGUUCAAGCUAGUGAAGAUAACUAACUGCAGGUCAUGUUGAGGCACUUCAAGAGUAGCAUGGGGUAGGGAAUUUUGCUGUUGACUUUGCCAAGAAAGUUCCCUCAUCAGCAUUUUGAUGUUUCAGACCACAUGCUGAAGUCAUUCAGUCUCCCAUGAAGUGUGUAGGGAAUCUUAGACAUCACUUAGACGGCACAGAUUUCUAUCCCGCAUUGGAACAUCUGAAGUUAGAUAAUGCCUCAUUGAAUUUUUUGAACUCCUACCUCCAUUCCUGCCUGUAGCUUUUAAUGUUUAGUUAAUGGAGGAAAGAAAUGUUUCCCCAGUAACUUAAAAGAGAUUUGUCUGCUAUAAAAACACACAGGAGCACCAGAUUAAAAGGUAAUCCUAAGAAAAAGCACUCAAAAUGGAUUACAAGGUAACAAAGUCAACACAGGCAUACACAUCAGUGACAGCUUAUAUUUGCUAAUGCUGUAUGCAUGAGCUGGCUAGUCAGAGCUGCUGAAUCUGGCAUAAUACAUGAGCAUAUCAGUUUCAGUAAACAGCGAGACAGAUUUCAUUUCAGCUGUAACACCACAUAUUGAAAAUCACAAAUGCAUUUAACCAGGCGGAUACAUGACAAUUCCUUGACAAACAUAUCAUCUCUUUGACAUUGGGUUCAAAGGACUAAGUUGACUUUGGCUGCAGUCCUUCUGCCUGCUGUGUUAUUGCCGCAAGGAAGAUCAACACUGCAUUACAGCAGGACUGUAGAGAAAAAUAAUCUUCAAAAAUAUAACAAAAGAAAAGCUGAUUAAUUUUGAUCAGCAAGUCAAGAACUGGAAUUCAUUUACUUCUUGCCACUCUUAUACCUGUUUAUCCACUUUUCUAGAUACUUCACAAUCAGUGAAGAGAACUGAAGGCAGUGCCAGAAAUCAUAGAAAAAUUCAGUGGCAGAAAGUACUGAUUUUCUGAUAUCACAGUAACUAAACAAUAUUUCUACCCCUUAAAACAAACUCAGUGAAAAAAAUGGGCAGAUCUUAUACAUUCACACUAACUCUUUGGAUAAGCAUUAUUUAAUUUCAACAACACUGAUCCCAAACAUAAGAAUUUUAUCUCACAGACUUGUAGUCUUCAUUUUGUGACUCCUUAAUAUAAUAAUAAAAGUUUUAUGAACUCAAAUGACACUAUUAAGAGAGGAAAAUUAGCCAAAGCCUCUCUGGACUUAUUCACAACACUAGAAUAUUUAUUUCUUAUUUCAUAAGCUCUGGUUAUGCACAAAAAUGAGCCAUUAAAGUGCUGGUCCAGAGCCAAGUUGCUCUAAUACAUAAAAGUUUAAACUACAAAGCAAGCUGCUGCUGGAAGACAUUAGAACUGUAUGGGAUCUAUGUCAUUGCUGUGUUCUGGAAGGCACUGAAGAAUGAUUAUGCCCAUACUACUGGAACUGAUCAACUUUUCCUCCAACAAAGCACACCAGUCAUGCCUUCAACAAUGUAAUAUCUUGACUUAUAAUUUUUCUAACGACACAGUGAUAAGAACAGCUGCUCAUGGAAACCAAACAUCUGGAUGCCAGCCCUCUACAGCCAGGGGGCUACUUCAUGGUGGAGUGACAGCAAUGUAUUCAGUUGGGGACAGUGAUAGGGACUGAAAGAGCAGACAUCACUACCAAUGGGUCACUCUGAAUAUAAGCAUAAAGGUUUAGGAAGUCAGAAGCACUGGAGAGCCUCAUCCCAUGUCUUGGCAUGUUUUUGAAGGGGUAUAGUCUCAGUUGUUUUACUACAUGCUGAAGUCAAUGCUGCCUAUGUGAGUGAUGCACACUCAUGGCAUGGCUAUUAGAUUAGUCUUUGCUAUUAAAAGCAAUAGAUGCUUAUUUUUUAGAGCCAGACAUUAGGUGUCAAAAUGUUCUGCAUAGUCAAAAUUCUGCCAGCCCAGGAAAGCAGAGCAGCAGCAUUUUACAAACCUAAAAAUAUCAGUAGACAGAACAUAAGAUGUCUCAAGAUUCUCAGUCACAUUACAACUAAACAAGGAUUUUAUAGGGACUGCUGACCUGGACCCACCGACCUAAAUUCAUCCCAGGUGGCAAUUUUGGCACAUAAACACUGGGUUGGGGUUUGCUUUUUUUUAUUCUGGCUCCAUAUUUCUUUCUCUUGUAACAAUCCUGAUAAACAAUCUAUUUGUCUGUGACCUCCACCCUGGAUUACGAUAACUCACGAUGUGGUUGAAGCUGAACAUGUGGGUAAAGUACAGGCUCCAGAUGUGACUGCUCAUCUUUUCCAAUGCUCACAUUAUUACAGAAUAACAGACCUGCAAUUAAGGCUCUCCACAAGUUUCCAAGUAGUUUCUAAAACAGACCCAAUAAAGAACUGAGACAUUUUAGGUUGUUCAUCCACAUGAUUUAAUAGGUACCCUGUUUCCCUGCAUAGGGAGAAUCAAGAGCCUUGAAUCAAGAGCCAACUGUCUGCAAACCAGACAGUCCAGGUUCUGAGAAGCCUAGGAUGCACUGUGCACAGAGGCAUAAAAAUGGACACUAUCCAUUCAGUUCCUUACUUGGCUGAUAAUUGAAGGCCUCACCACCGCCUUCAAUAAAAAGAACCCUGCCAUCUGUUGCAGAGGCAUUGACAUUCUUUUAAUGCGAUUUUUCUGGGCUUGGGAAUUUUUAUUCCAUUAUACCCAGUGGCACAAAUUCAUCCAGAUUUACAAGAAAGUGUGUUCUUUUUCAGUUCAUAAUCCCAGGAUAAGCUGAGUUGGAAGGGGCCCACAAGGAUCACCAAGUCCAACUCCGGGCCCUGCACAGAACCAUCCCCAAGAGUCACACCAUGUGCUCAAGUGCAUUGUCCAAACACUUCUCAAAGUCUGUCA